CGACCGCUGUUCGAGCACGACUGUCAGUUAAGUUAACUGUACGAGCCUGGUUUAGAUUUGAUUGUUUACGAAAUCAACGCCACAACAAAAGAAGCUUCAACACGAACGAAGAAAGACGCCGCCGAUAACGAGCGCGCCGCUAAAAUGAAUACUUAUCGGAUUAAUGCGAAUAAAAAGUGCUGUUCCUACUUCGAGUGCGGAAAUAAUUCGCUUGCCAACCCUGCGGUUACGUUUUUCGCAUUCCCCAAACAGCAAGAUCGAUGCGAAAUAUGGAUAAAGGCAGCAGGCGUUCCGCAAAAUGUGGCAGAAAACAGGAUGUAUCGCUUUCUUUGUGAGCGGCAUUUUUCCAGCAUUUACAUUUGUCGCAGCCAAAGACGUACGUUACUGCUGGCAAAUGCGGUUCCCUUUCCAUUUAAUGAACGUGAUGGCGAGUUGGAGAAAAACGAGAUGUUAGAGAUCGUGGAAGAGAUUACUGAAGAAAUGCUUGAUUCAGAUGAUCUGCCAGAAGAGUUUCUUGAUGAUAAAGACUCAACAGAUGAUCAAGACGCAGGUAACACCAUGACAAUAGAUGAAAACACAUCGACUCUUUCGGUCGCCAACGUUGAAAGCAUCAACAAACUGGUUGAAUUAAACACGGAACCUUCGACGUCCCGGUUCGAUUAUACACGCAAGCGUAAACACGUUGCUGCAAAAAUGGCAGAAAUGAAGAUGAAGCUGUUGAACACAACUGCUUCUCCAAAAACUCUCAACAAGGAGGCAAAUAUAAAAACGGUACAGUUGGACGGUAACAGCGUACGUCUUGUGCCAGUACAAAACAGCAAGAAUGCACAGCAACAAACGUUGCGACUAACACCAGUGGUUGAGAAGGAAAGUACUGUUGAAAAGGCACCGGAAGAAGUAUUCCGAACAACCCUCAAAUCACCAGUUUCAUCAUCUACAAAUGCAAUCACAAUCAUUGAACAGAAUGAUGACACUUUGACUUCCAAAAGCAGUGACGAAAUGGUGGUGGAGAAGGAUGAUAAAAUCAGUGAAUUCAUCUUCAAAGGCGAGGAGUACGUACAGAUGCCAAAAGAGCAUUAUCUUAUGAAAAUUAAUAGGUUGAAACGGAGUCUGACAUUUUACGAGAAUAUCGUACGAAACAUGCGGGAAGUACUCGAUCAACCGGAUCCAUCCAGUUCAUUGGACUGUUGAUUAACUAGUAAGCAAAUGGAUGAAUUACAGCAUAGUUGGAUAAGAAUUAAGACGAUCUUAAUAGAUCUUUCUGGAAAUUUUUACGUUACAAAGAUCAAUGACGUAGGGCGAACUGAGAAGGCUCUUCAAUAAGGGUUAACAAUUAUUCCAAGUAAAGGAUCGCGACUUAUUACUCAUUAACAAACGUAUAUUUUAAUAAACUUUUCACUGUCACAACUAGUAUCAGAAAGCAAAAUUCAUUGUGAUUUUACAGCAAAUUAAAGGUCUUGUUAUUUAAAGUUAGAAUGGUCUUAGCUGAAAUGGAAUGGUAUUCGCUUGGAUUAAGAUA